AUGAAAAACGCAAAUGACACCUAUCACAGCUUCUCGACUUACGCUGGUCAUCGUUCGGCAUUUUACAACCUUUUUCAAGACUAUCACCGUGUGAUGCGAUUGGAUCUGGCUCGUGAACUUAGCAGCCAUUUUAAGCGCUUCCAGCGCAAGGUAGCUGCAGCUGUGAGUCGAGGUCAAGGUCAAAUUAAAGUCGGAAAGGACCCCAUGUCUCUCGGUCUAUACAAACGCAUUGCUAUGGAAAUGCUUCUGAGUCCAUCGCGGGACAUGGUUUUUGCCCGUACCUUCAUGGUACUGUCUUGGAAUUUGAUGUCAAGAGCAGCAAAUACGGCCUCAAUUUGCUAUGGCCACUUGGAGUGGCGUGAAGAUGCACUGUGUGUGUAUUUUGCUCAUAUGAAGAAUGACCAGCGUGGAUCACGUCCUCGCGACCCGCGCCACGUGUAUUCCAAUCCGACAGCUCCUGAAAUAUGCCCCAUUCUUGCGCUCGGUGUAUACUGGGCGUCGUACGGCGUUGAUGACAGCGACUUGCGUUUAUUCCCCGGAAAUGAUCAAUAUGAAAGCUUCAGAAAAGUCUUAGGGCGCGUAUUAAAGACCACACCUGUUGCAGAUGAGCUUGAGCGCCGUGGAACAAGUGCCACCGACAUCGGAACUCACUCUAUGCGUAAAGGGGCUUCUACGUUUUGCUCCUCUGGGUUGACAGCAUGCCCACCAGCGGUAGCAGUCCAUCUUCGAGCAGGUUGGUCGAUGGAUGGAGUACAGGACCGCUACUUAAGGCACGAUGCCGCUGGUGACAUGUUCGUUGGCGUACAGUGA